UUCUGGCUCAGGCCUCAGAGGAUGAGCAACGCCACUUCCAGGUCACACAACGGAGCAAGCGUCUAAACUAUAAUGUCGGCCAUGCCUCCUCUGGAGCCUUUAUGUGGCCGGUGCUUCAAAGCGGCAGGAGACUUAAAUCUUCCUGCCUUGCAGCGAUGUGGUGGGUGCAAGGCUGCCUUUUACUGUUGCCAGGAGCAUCAGAAAGAGGAUUGGUCCAAGCACAGGGUGGUGUGCAGACGUCUUCAGCAACAUCCAGGAAAAGGCGGUAUUGCCGAUUCUCCGUUGCGAUGUUUUAACAUUGUCAGGAUUCAUCCCAAUGUGAGAAGGGGGAACUUCUCAUGUGGCGACACAUCACCAAUGGACAACGUCAAGUUUGGCGACCGCACGUCAGCUUUGAAGUACCUGAGGGAGAUGGGCUUCCAGAAGCUGAUCACGCAGAAGGAAACACCUUUCAUUCAACUCAUGGGCUUUGAGGUCGAUCUUUACGGUAAGCUUGGAAACGAUGCCGACCAUGAGAUGAAUGGCGCUUGCAUAUACCUGACGAUUGCGUUAACAGACGGUUUGAGCCCGUACGUCUGGCACGAACCAAAAGGUAUCUUCUUCGCUGUGCCUGCAGAGGCGAGUACAAAGGUCUUAACGUGUGACUGUCUCUGGGGAAUGCGCCAAGUCAUUCUGGAGGUGCUGGAUGAUGACUACGAUGUUCAGAUUGCACGUCAGUUGUGCCAGAAGUUCAAGGACUGUCUUUGGAUUCCAAAGGACGGCAAUCCAAGAGGCUUCAAGUUCUUUGGCGCGCAUCCUGAAGAUUGUGUCAGUGGUGAUACUGAGACUGUUGGCAUUUUCGGGGACAGCGCUCGACCCAUAAUCCCCGCAGACAAGUUGAACAUGUUUGAGAAGGAUGCUUCCGAGUGGGCGCAGAGGCAUGUAUCGUCGAUGAGGGAGCUCCGGGACAACGAUCUUGAUGCCCAAGACGAAAUCCAAAUGGAGAGUGCGGUAGUCGCUGAUUUCAUCGAGGAACACUUCUCAAAGUUGCCUUCGGAGGAAGCAGUGCGAGCUUAUCUUGAACAGGCAAUGCCAGACAGUUGCAGCCCUUACUACCACGACCAGGCGCAGAGGCUCUUGCAGGCUGGCGCACUGCCCUGUGAGAAGGAAGAAGAGCGCUGCCAGCAGAUUCGUAAAGUCGGCUACGAGUUGAACUACCUCGGGGGCAUGGAGGCAAUGCGUGUUGCGUAUUACGCAGUCCACCACGUCCUCUGCUCACAGGAUUUCCUUGGUGUUCACAUCCACUCCCAGGGCGACUGGACAAUAUUGGCUUGCUGGAACUCCGAGAUUGAACGUUUGUGGGACGGCAUUGGAGAUUGGUGUCCAUAAACAGAGGCUGAGUGAUCCAGUUGUGUUGACCUUGAAGCGCCCGGGCGCGUUGGUGUUGCGCUGGUGCAGUGUCCGCAUCAUGUGAAAGAGCCCCA